UGUAUAUAUAUAGGUCUACAUACACAGAUAUAGGAAUAUAUACACGUGUGUGCGUCUUGAAACUAAUCAGAAAAUAAAAAGUGUGCUAUAAGUUAUAUUCUCCACAUUAAAUAUUUGCAUUUAGCAGUCGAAAAAGAAAUAAAAAAAAAAAAGGUUCUUAAGAAAUGACUCUGUUAAAAUAUCCUCUACCCGAAUUGGAUCAUACAAUCGAGGAGAUAAAAAGAGUUUUAAAACUCGUUUUAAAUCGGGAAGAAUUUGAAAAAUUUUCAAAUAAUCUUCGAGAAAAGAAAGGGAAACUGAAGAAAUAUGACGAAGCGUUUAAAAAAGAAAUCGAAAACAAAGACAACUGGGCCACAGAAAUAUUUAGGCAUCAGCUACUCUCACUUCGUUAUCCAAUACCCGUAUCUACAGCCUUGCCUAUAAUUAUGAAAUCGUCCACAUUGCAUACAGAUCAAUUUUCUCAUUCGGCUGCUUUGCUGUGGUCGGUAGGCAAGAUUAUGUUGAACACAAAUGAAUUUAUUAAGCAACUUCAAGGCAAUGAUUUGGAAGAUACUCAACAAUCAGAAAUUUUUUCGACUGUUAGAAUUCCUCUCCGAGACACGGACAAUAUAAAAGUUUAUAAAGGUAGUAGGCACGCUGUUCUUUUAUACAAAGGUUCUGCAUUUCAAAUUGAUAUUUUAACUGAUGACGGAGAAUUAGUCUCGAUUCAAGAUAUUUAUGAUCAAAUUAUUAGUAUUUCGUUAUACGAUGGCCCAUUUUAUCAAGAAAUCUGCAAUUACACAGCUUAUGAUCGAAACGUAUGGAGCGAUAUACGAACUCGUCUUUUAGAAGGCGAUUCACAAAAAUCGUUGGACAUUAUGGAGAGAGCUAUAGUGACUGUAGCUGUCGAAGAGAUCGACAUGCCAGACGGAAUGCAAAAUGCCAUGGAUUAUAUAAGACUUGGAGGAGACGAAGAAAUUAGUUGUAUGAGAUAUUACGAUAAAAUUUUAAACGUUAUAGUCUUUAAAAACGGCAAAUAUGGCUUGUUAUUUGAACAUUCUGCAGUGGAUGGAUUGAUAGUCGCCAUGAUGGCAAAAUUAUUGCAUACCAUUUGUGAAACACUUAUAAUCGAUAGAACUGUAUUCAAACAACGUACUGUCAACAUAAUCGAUUUUAAAAUCCGAGAAAAUAUUUCUAAAGUACCUCUUCAAUAUAAUCAUUCAAUGAGUACAUUCGAAUAUCGCUCGUAUCCGGAUAUCUUUAAAAUACUUAGAGAAGAGCGAAUUUACUUUCCAUGGAUUAAUUAUUCAUUGCAAUUGGCUAUACUCAAAACUUUUGGCAAUUUAAAAUAUCUUAUGGUCACUCCAACGCACGUUCGUCACUUUAAACACGGACGAAGCGAUCCGACUUAUUCGAUAACGAUAAAUUCAAAUAAAUUAUUGAAUUAUAUGUUAAAUAACGAGGAUAAUACUAAUGUUUUAAUUCAGUUCGUUGCUGCUUUAGAGGAGCACAGGAAAAUGGUCAAAUUUACCAAAAAUGGCAAAGGAAUUGGCCCUCAUAUAGCUCAAAUCAGAAAAAUGUUGAAAGAAGACGGCAAUGGAUUGACUUCGUGUCUAGAAAAAUUUGCAAAACCGCAUAUAUACCUUACUGGCUCUGAAUUAUUAGAAGAAGUCGAAUGUGGAGUUGGUAAUGUAUAUGCUUCGGAUCAAAUUGUAGUUGGUUAUGUGGGAAAAAGAGACAGAAUAAUAAUUAUUAUGUCUGCUACUGGAAUAUUUGUCGAAAAACUAAAUACCCUGAAAGAAAACUUCCAAAAAUCAUUACAUUUAAUGUUGAAUAUUGCAUCCCGUGCUGCGAUUGCAUCUCAAAUGAAUGCUUUAUACUUGUUCAGAUCAAAUAAUCCUUUUGAUAUAAUUCCCAAAAAGAAAUUUUCUAUCGCUGUUCACGGAGGAGCCGGAGAAGAGUUAUUACUUCAACAAGACGUUAUAGAAGUUAUAAAAUUUUCUCUUCGAAUAGCUGUAGUUGUUGGUGUCAGCAUGCUUAAUAACGGCAAAAGUAGUGUAGAUGCGGUAGAAGCUGCAGUCGCAGCAUUAGAAAACUGCUUUUUAUUUAAUGCUGGACGAGGUGCUGUUUAUAAUUAUGAUGGUGCUCACGAAUUGGAAGCUUCGAUAAUAGAUGGAAAAUCCCAAAAUUCUGGUUCUGUUGCAUGUAUUACUGACAUAAAAAAUCCUAUAAAAGCUGCUAGACUUAUUAUGGAAAAGUCAUCUCAUGCUUUAAUUUCAGGUACACUGGACAAAUCCAUUUGUAUUGAUAACAAUAUAUGUCAAGUGAAAAAUAAUUAUUUCGAUACUGAUAUUAGAUACAAACAACUAAUGAUGAUUAAAUCGAAAUUGCAGAGUUUCUCUGUAAAUCAUCCUCAGACAGUUGGAGCUGUUGCAAAGGAUGCAGAUGGCAAUUUGGCAGCUGCUUCUUCGACUGGAGGAAUAGUUAACAAAUUAAAAGGUAGAAUAGGAGAUACUGCAAUUGUUGGAGCCGGAGUGUAUGCAGAUCAAAAUAUUGCGCUGGCGUGCACUGGAGAUGGAGAAACUUUUCUCAGAAAAUCCAUUGCUAAUAAAAUUGCCAUGCUUUGCAAGUAUAUGAAUUUUUCUUUACAAGAUGCUUCUCAAGUAGUUAUUCAAGAUGAACUGCAAAGUUCCUAUGGUGGAGUUAUAGGCGUUGACUCAAAAGGAAAUGUCAGCGUAGAAAGUAAUGCCAAAGUUAUGUUUGCAGCAUCUUAUAAUGGAGAUAAGUUUGAUGUUAAAGUCAGAAGUAAAAAUACUGAUGCGCAUGAAUGGAUUAUCUUUGAAAAUGAUCGUAUUGUUGCUUAUCUACACUCUUCUCCCUGUACUACUGGUGUUACUAUACUACGGGCAAAAUCUGAAUUCGUUUAUGAUAUUUUUGCACUUCCAAUACACGAAUUUGUUAAAAUAAUGUUGGAUAUUCAACAUGUAUCUAAUCUUCUUUGUGAUCGACUCGGUGUACAACGGUGUGCAUUGAUUGCGGAACCACAGGAUGGUCAGUCAACAAAAAUUCUUCUAAUUCCGCUUCACGGUCUCUCCGAUGCCUGGAAACCAUGUAUCUGUUCAGAACCAGAGUUUAAUUCUUGCUAUCCAGGUUACUGUACUUCUAAAAAUGGACCUAGAGCUUCUGAUGACGAACUGAACAAAAUUCAAAAUAAAAUAAGAAAUAAAUUAGAUUCGCAGGAAUUAAAUUUUAAAUUUUAUGGAGAUGCAAACGACGACAAUCUUUUUGCAAAAAUUGUAAGAGGUGACGAGAAAGCCCAGUGGAGAGUAUGGGAAGAUGAAGAUCACGUUGCUUUCCUAACUCCAUUUCCAAAUACACCUGGUUUCACAGUUUUAGUUCCAAGAAAACAUUUGGACAGUAAUAUUUUUGCAUUAGAUAAACCGGAUUUUGAAAAAUUAAUGGUAGCAACUCACAAAGUUUCUAAUUUAUUGAUGAAGGCUCUGGAAAUUAAGUCAUGUGCUAUGAUAUUUGAAGGAUGUGAAAUAGAUUACGCUCACGUAAAACUGAUUCCUUUAUUAAAUGGAGAGAAAGAAACAGAAAAAUCGAAAACAAAAGAGUUUGAAGUCAAUUAUUCGGGGCAUGUAUCAUCUCAGGAUGGUCCAAAAGCACAUAAUGAUGAUUUGAAUGUAGUUUACAAAAAAAUUAUUUCGAUAGUUGCUCCAGCCUCAUGGAAAAAUCCGGAGCAGCACUCUAUUACCGCAAUUACUCAUCCUUGGUAUUCAGCAAUUUUUAAACUCCAGAAUACACUUUAUCAUUCAACUGUUAGUUUUUUUCAUCAAUAUAAUAACUAUUAUUAUGCUCUUACUCCAAUGACUACGGAUACAAUAUCGUCACCCAUGGGAUUAGGGUCUGAUUCAGAUCCUGUGAAUAUAAAUUUAAUGAAUCAAAAUGUUUAUUUGGCUGAUUCAAUGCAGUUUUGUUUAGAAUAUUUUCUUAGAUUGCAAGAUAAUCUUCCAGGAACUUAUUAUAUCUCGCCAAGUUUUCGUGGAGAAAACCCAGAUAACAGUCAUCUCAAUCAAUUUUAUCAUAUCGAAUGCGAACUAUGUGGUUCUAUGGACGAUGCUAUUUGUAUAGCUGAACAAUAUAUUUAUUACAUCACUAAAAACAUGUUUAACAAAAAUAAAGAAAUAAUCCUCAAAUUAUCAGGAAGCAUUGCUCAUAUUGAAGAUAUGUUGAAAAGAUAUGAAAUUAAAAAAUGUUUUCCAAGAAUCACUUUAGACGAAGCACUGAAAGAAUUGCCUUCCACCGAUUGUUUUGAAUUUGUGGAAGAAACAAGACCGGAGUUAGGGAGGAAAUUGACAAGAAAAGGCGAACAGGUUUUGAUAAAUAAAUAUCAUGGCAUCGUUUGGUUAACAGAGAUGGAUCAUUUGAGUGUUCCUUUCUAUCAAGCUUAUGUUGAAGGGACAAAUUUCCGUAAGGCUAAAGCAGCAGAUCUCCUUAUUGGAAUCGGAGAAUCACUGGGUCUCGGAGAGCGACACGAAACCGCUAAAGAAGUGAAAGAUGCCUUGACACAUCAUCAAGUUUCGGAAGAAUCGUACAGGUGGUACAUAAAUAUGAGACAAGUAAAACCUUUAAAAACGAGCGGAUGGGGUUUAGGCUCAGAAAGGUAUUUAUGUUGGCUUUUGAACCACCAUGAUGUCAGAGAUAUGCAAAUUAUUCCUCGAUUAAAGAACCAGAAAUUUCUACCGUAGUUCAAAAUCCAGUUAAAAACUAAAUAACUUUUUACACACGACAUAUUUUACAAGUCGAAAUGGUUCGACUAAUUUCUUUGUUAUAUAGUCCUAUAUUUUGUUAUUACUUUUUCAUAAUUAUUAUAAAAUCCAUGUUUAAUUUUCUUUCAAGUUAUGUUUUCAAUGUGAAUUUAACAAAUGUAUUUUGUCCAUAAAGUUCUAAAAUUGAGUCGUAGAUAUUUUAUAUUGUAGGUGGUAAUAAAAUUAAAUAAACAAA